CGCCGCCCGGCCGCCCAGUGCGCAGGCGCACUCGUGACGUCAGCGGCGCGCCGCCCACUCGGCGGCGGCGGGAGUUUUUCAAAAUGGCAGCGCGGGGGCGCCGGGCCGGCCUCCUCGGGCGGCGGCCGGGGGACUCGCGGGCCGGCGGGCGGCUGUCGCCGGGGGCGGCGGCCUAGACACGGGGCCCAUGGGCGCCCGGACCGGCCGGCUGCGGGGAGCGCUGCCUCGGAGCGACUGCGAGCGGGCGGGGGGCCGGCCGGGCCAUGGCGGCCUGCCUGGGGGAGAGGAUCGAGGAUUUUAAAGUCGGGAAUCUGCUGGGCAAAGGGUCCUUCGCCGGUGUGUACAGAGCCGUGUCCAUCCGCACCGGUCUGGAAGUCGCCAUCAAGAUGAUAGAUAAGAAGGCCAUGUACAAAGCAGGCAUGGUGCAGAGGGUCCAGAACGAGGUGAAGAUACACUGCCAGCUGAAGCACCCCUCCAUCCUGGAGCUGUAUAACUACUUCGAGGACAGCAACUACGUGUAUCUGGUGUUGGAGAUGUGCCACAACGGGGAGAUGAACAGGUUCCUGAAGGGCCGAGUGAAGCCGUUCUCGGAAAAUGAAGCUCGGCACUUCAUGCACCAGAUCACCACGGGCAUGCUGUAUCUGCACUCUCACGGCAUCCUGCACCGGGACCUCACGCUGUCCAACCUCCUGCUGACCCGGAACAUGAACGUCAAGAUCGCCGACUUCGGCCUGGCCACGCAGCUGCAGCUGCCGCACGAGAAGCACUACACGCUGUGCGGAACCCCAAACUACAUCUCCCCCGAGAUCGCCACCCGCGGCGCGCACGGCCUGGAGUCCGACGUCUGGUCCCUGGGCUGCAUGUUGUACACGCUGCUCACCGGCCGGCCCCCGUUCGACACAGACACCGUCAGGAACACGCUGAACAAAGUGGUGCUGGCCGACUACCACGUGCCGGCCUUUCUGUCGAGGGAGGCCAAGGACCUCAUCCAGAAGCUGCUUCGCAGAAACCCCGCGGACCGGCUAAGCCUGUCUUCCGUGCUGGACCACCCCUUCAUGUCCCGAAACCGCUCGUCUAAAAGCAGAGACCUGGGGCCCAUGGAGGGCUCGAUCGACAGUGGGCACGCCACCAUCUCCACCGCAGUCACAGCUUCUUCCGGCCCCAGCGUGAGCGGCAGUUUCUCUGACAGACGCAAGCACUUGGUCGGCCAGCCGCUCCCAAGUAAAAUGACUGUGUUCCCCAAGAACAAAAGCUCCAGUGACAUUUCUUCUGUAGGAGAAGGAGGCAGUUUUUACGCUCAGUGCAGACCUCUCGAGCAGGACAGCGGCCAGGGCCGGAGGGGCCGGGGGCCCCAGGACGCAGAGGACCGGCCGCACUCGAGGUACCUGCGCAGGGCGCACUCCUCAGACCGGUCCGGUGCCUCUCACGGCCAGGCUCCGGGCAGAGCCUUCCCAGUGGAGCGAUGUCACUCGGCCGAAAUGCUCGCGAAGCCCAGGUCGGGCGUCGACGCCCGUGAAGAGACGUACUGGCCCACAAACGCCGGCACCGAUGUGCUCCGCUCGCUUCAAGAGAAGACGCCCCAGGGCUCCGGACCUCUCGGACGAGCUGACGAUCAAAGAGUCGACUCCAGCCAUCUUCAUCCGGGAAGAAGCCCUUUCCUGUUUGCAGAGCAGACGUCGCAGACUGAGAUGGCCCGGCAGUGGCUUGGGAACCUGCACGUGAACGCUGCCGAGCCGAGCGUCGCCCCGGACGGAGCCUUCCGUGGCCGAGCGGACUGGCAGGAGCCAGCGGGCGGCGCCUGGUCCAGCCCGGGCCCCCUGGACGAGCCGCCCCCUGCCAGACAGGCGCCCGGGCAGCAGGGCAGCGGCCCCCUGGAGUCCGGGCUGGGCCCGGAGCUUCCCGAGCAGAGCAGGAUGAGGGCCGGGGAGCCGGCGCCAGGCCACCAGAAGCGGACUCUGCGGAGCCUCACUUCUCCCCUCUCGGCUCACAGGCUCAAACCCAUCAGACAGAAGACCAGGAAGGCCGUGGUGAGCAUUCUCGACUCAGAGGAAGUGUGUGUGGAGCUCAUCAGGGAGCACGCCUCGCAGGAGUACGUGAAGGAAGUGCUCCAGAUAUCCAGCGACGGCAGCACGAUCGCCGUCUACCACCCCGACGCCGGGCGGGGGCUCCCUCUCACCGACAGGCCACCCUGCCCCCCCGAGCACUGCAGCAAGUACAGCUUUCACAGCCUGCCAGAGAAGUACUGGCGGAAAUACCAGUACGCCUCCAGGUUUGUGCAGCUUGUCCGGUCGAAGUCUCCCAAGAUCACCUACUUCACCAGAUACGCCAAGUGCGUCCUGAUGGAGAACUCCCCGGCCGCGGACUUCGAGGUUUGGUUUUACGACGGGGCCAAGGUGCACAAGACAGCAGAUUCCAUCCACAUGAUUGAAAGGACUGGGAAGUCUUACACCUUGAAAGGUACCAGCGAUGUCAGCUGCUUGAAGGAGGAGAUGAGAGCCUACGUGGACCACGCCAACGAGGGCCACCGUAUCUGCCUGGCCCUGGAAUCCGUCAUCUCGGAAGAGGAGAGGAGGAGCGGGAGCACCCUGUUCUUCCCCAUCAUCGUAGGGAGGAAGCCUGGUCCCGGGAGCUCCCUCAAGACGCUGUCCCCCCCUCCCGUGGCGCCGCCGUCCCCAAGCAGAGCCGUCCCCAGCGGCGCAGCGCCUCCCAGACAGGCCCAGCUCCACACGCCUCCCGUGGUGGCGGGGGAGGGCCCCAGCCUUCCGGCCGCAGCUCCGCAUCACACUCUCUCUUCCUGCGCCCUCAAAGGCUGCCUCCCUCAGUCAGCGCAGCCUCUCAAGUCCGUCUUCGUCAAGGACGUUGGCUGGGCCACACAGCUGACCAGUGGUGCCGUGUGGGUCCAGUUCAACGACGGGUCCCAGCUGGUGGUACAGGCAGGAGUGUCUUCUAUCAGCUACGUCUCACCAGAUGGGCAGAUGACCAGGUACGGAGAGAAGGACAAGCUGCCGGCACCCAUCCGACAGAAGCUGCAGUGCCUGUCGUCCAUCCUCCGCAUGUUUUCCAGCCCGACCUCUGGUCUCCACUGACUGAGGCUCUUUUUAGAUUAAAAGCUUAAUAAAUAACUUUCUCGUUGGCUUUCAAGUAAGGUGACUUUAUUUACUGUGACUUCAGAAAGCCUUUCCAUAAAAGGACUAAGCUGUGCCCUGUGGGGCUGUGUUCUGAGGACCAAUCAGCGGAGCCGCGCUGAGGUGUGCGGUGCAGCGUCCUGUCCUGCCGUCUCAGAAGACCCGGCUGUUCUGUGCUCUUGUCCUGCCUGUCAGACGUGGCGCAUUGUGUGUGAUGUGUGUGUGUUCCCAGUAGCAUUCAAUGUGUGUGUUAUAUUUAUUUUUGUGGCACUCAUUUCUGCCUGUGCGUUUUAUACAAAAUAAAUAGUGAUAGACGACUCGA